AUGAUACUAAUAAGGUAUAGGACUUUGGACGAAGAGGAAGGGGAUCGACUCGUCGAAGAGCGAACUUUUAUGUGGUCAUGGCCUUUCUGUACUGAUGGUAUGGCUCACGGAGCUUACACUCGAGAAAAGUUCCUCGUAUGCCUUCCGUUCAACAAAGGUGGCACCGGCGAAAAGAACGGCACCGUGAGUUUGCAUGUCAUUCGAAAUGAGAUCGCGCCGUUCUAUCCAUUCCGUUCU